CUUUCACUGUAUAUGUUUUCACUAGCUCUUAUUUAUAAGAUAAUAGAAGAUGUGAUAUUUUUCUUUCUUCAUAAUGAUAUAGAAAUAAAAUUCUACAAGCUUCAUCUCUCAUCUAAAUAUCAAGAUUUGGAUUUCUUUAACCAUAGACACAAGUCCUUCUUACUCUUAAAGCUAUUGGAAUAAUUCAUAUUUUUUUGUCUGAGUUAUAAUUUUUUUUUUCCUUUGAUCCUCAUAAAAGGAAAAUUAAAGUAAGCAAAUAGGUUAAUUCUUCCUCUAUUAGCCA